AUGGCUAGCCCUACAGUUCUUACCUUCGAUGCUGAGGGUCGUGCAGUUGACUUCAAUGUUUGGGUAGAUGAUCUGCAGCUCUUUCUUCAGUGCGAUUCUAAGGACGGAGUCUCGCUUUUCGAUCUCAUGUCCGGCACUGCUGCUGCACCUGCUGCCGAUGCUGACAGUACGGUUCGCUCACAGUGGACUACUCGUGACGCUGUAGCUCGCCUUGCUGUUCGUAGUCACCUGCCAUCUGCUGAGCGCGCGCACUGUGGCCAGUACAAGACUGCUAAGUCUUUGUAUGACAAUGUCGUAGCGCGCUACUCCUCCCCUGCCACUGCUACCCUCAGCCGCCUCAUGCUACCGUACCUGUUCCCUGACCUGGCUGCCUUUGCCACAGUCGCUGACCUCAUUACUCACCUCCGCACUAGUGACGCCCGCUACUGCGCUGCGCUUCCCUCCGAGUUCUGCGCCAAGAACCCCCCCCCCAUGUACAUCACCCUCUUCUACCUAGUCACCCGUCUCCCUGACUCCCUUUCCCCAGUCAGGGGCCACUUUCUCUCCCUUUGCCCCACCGACCUCACCGUCGACCUGCUAGAGGAGCGCCUCACUGCAGCUGAGAAGAGUAUAGUUGCUGUAGGUGCUUCUCGCGGCGACCCUCGCACCCCGUUCUUUGAGGGGUGUUCCCCCGUUCCCCUUCUGCCCUCUGUUGCUUCUGCUGCUGCUGUCGACCUCCUUGGCACCAAGGAGGUCGGGGCAGCUUCUGCUCCUAGUGGGAGGCACCGCAACGGCAAGGGCAAAGGGGGCAAGGGUGGUGGAGGGGACGGCAGGGGCGGCGGUGGUGGCGGUGGAGGAGGCGGAGGGGGUGGGGGUGGAGGCAAGGGUGGUGGCGGGAGUGGGGGCGUCGGUGGCGGCGGUGGAGGUGGUGGAGGCAGCGGCAGCGGUAGUGGAGGCAGCGGCAGCGGCGAUGGAGGCAGCAGCGGUGGCGGUGGAGGUGGUGGAGGCAGUGGCAGCGGUAGUGGAGGCAGCGAUAGCGGCGAUGGAGGCAGCAGCGGCGACGAUGGAGGUGGCGGCGGCGGUGGAGCUGGUCGGGGGUGA